AUGGCAAAUUUUACUUGUGAUUUUUGCGGUAAAAUAUACAAUAUUAAUUCAUCCUUAAAACGACAUGUAAGAAUACAUCAUCAGAAUUCUUCUUCAAUGAAGUGUUCAAUAUGUGAUUUAAAAUUCUCAACCCGUAAAGAUUUUCUAAAACAUAUACAUUUAAUAGAACAUAAUGAAAAUGUGAAAGAAAGUAGUGUCAAUUGCAACGAUUGUAAAAUAACAAUACUGAAAAAGUAUUGGCCUCAUCAUUUACGUACAAACGCACAUAAAGACAAUUGCGUUAAACAAUUUAAUAAAGAUGUAAAGUGUAUUAAUUCCAUUUUCAAAAAUCGUAUCGCAACAUAUUUGUUUGAAAAUGAAAAUAGAAAUAAUUUAAUUCCUGAAAAUUUUCUAAGAUCAAUUAAGGAUAAAAUCAUUGAAAUGUUAAAAGAUAUGCUGCAGAAACACACCAAUAUUAAAUUUAAUAUUGAACUAUUUUGCAAGUACAUGUUAGUAAAAGUAGAAGAUGAAACAUGUACCAUUGACAUUAAAUCACAUCAAACUAAAAUGAGUAUCAUCAAUUCUACUGCUACAACAGACGAUCUCUCACAACUAUAUUCAUAUCAUUCUGAUAUUAUAAUACAAAAAAUGAGCGAAUUUCAAGAAUGUGAUAGUGGGUGGACAUUAACCGAAAUCUCUCAUAUGGAAUUAAAUAUUAAUGAAUAUAAAUGUAUAAAAGGAUCUCAUUUCAUAUCUUUACCACCAACAAUAUCGAAGAGAAAAGCAUGUAUUAACGUACAAAAUCAGGAUGAAUUUUGUUUUAAAUGGGCAAUUAUAUCAGCAUUAAACCCAGUACCUGAAAAUGCAAACAGAUGUUCGUCAUAUAAAAUCGGAGAUAUUAAAGCCGAUAUUAUUGUGUUGGAAAAUAAUUUUCUUUUAAAUUUUAAAAAUCUAAACUUUCCGUUAUGCGUAAAUAAAAUAAAAGAAUUCGAAUUAAACAAUUCGUCUAUAAGUAUAAAUGUUUUUGGUUUGGAGGAUAAUAAUAUUGCGGGUCCAUACUAUUUUACUCAACAAGAAAAAGAUAAUCACAUCAAUUUACUAUUAUUAGAGGAAGGUGAAAUAUUUCAUUAUGUUUUAAUCAAAAAAAUAUCAAGAUUAAUAAAAACUCAAUUAACAAAACAUCGAAGAAAGGUACAUGUAUGCAAUACAUGUUUAAUUCAUUUCCACAACGAGUCAGCCUUAAUGAAACAUAAAGAGGAAUGUAAUAAAAUUGUUACUAAGAUGCCUAACUUAGAUAAUAACAUACUUAGUUUUAAGAAUUUUAAAAAGCAAAUGGAUAUGCCUUUUGUGGUUUACGCAGAUUUUGAAUGUAUUCUAGAAUCAAUGAAUGUCCAAAAUUCAAACAGUGUUAAGUCGGUACAAAAACAUAUUCCAUUUGCUUAUAGUUAUUAUAUUAAGUGUACAUAUGAUUCAGGUUUAGAUAUAUUUAGAAUAUAUAGUGGUGAAGAAUCGGCAAAGCAUUUUAUUCAACAAUUAGUUAAUGAUACGUUAGAUAUUUACAAUAAUCAUUUAAGUAAAGUUAAACCAAUGAAUCCCUUGACACCACUUCAACGGAAAAAGCAAAAUGAAGACAAAAUUUGUCACAUUUGCAGUAAAUUUUUGUCUAUUAAAGAUAGAGUGGCUGAUCAUUGUCACUUAACGGGUGAAUAUAGAGGUCCCGCACAUAAUAAAUGUAAUUUGGAGUAUCAAAUUGCACAUUUCAUUCCUAUAUUUUUCCAUAAUCUUUCGGCAUAUGAUUGUCAUUUGUUUGUAAGAGAACUUUCAUCUGUUAAGGGUGAUAUAAAUAUAAUUCCAUUAAAUAAGGAAUUAUAUGUAUCCAUAUCUAAGAAAAUUUCAGUAAAUGAGAAAGAUACUUUUGAACUUCGUUUUUUAGAUUCACUUAGAUUUAUGCCAUCGAGUUUAGAAAAGCUAGCUAACUACUUGUCCGAUUGUGAUUUAAUAACUAUAAAAUCAAUUUAUCAAAAUGAUAAUGAAUUCAAUUUAAUGAAGCGUAAAGGUGUCUUUCCUUAUGAUUAUCUAGAUUCAGUGAAUCGUCUGAAAGAGACACAAUUACCAUCUCAAUCUUUCUUCUUCAACAAACUUACUAAUGAGUCGUGUAGUGUAGAUGAUUAUAAACAUGCUGAAAAUGUAUGGUAUACAUUCAAUUGUAAUACUAUACUGGACUACUUACUUUUAUAUUUGAAAGCUGAUGUUCUUUUACUAUGCGACAUUUUUGAAAGCUUCCGAAAAGUUUGUAAAAACAUUUACAAUUUGGAUCCAUGUCAAUACUAUACUACACCCGGUCUAUCUUGGGAUGCAAUGUUGAAAACAACAGAAAUAGAUUUAGAAUUGUUAACCGACAUCAAUAUGUAUAAUUUUAUUGUACGCGGUAUAAGGGGAGGUAUUGUUCAAUGUUCUAAACGACAUUCAGAAGCCAAUAAUAAAUAUGUAAGCGAUUAUGAUUCUACUAAAGAAUCGAAUUAUCUAAUUUAUUUAGACGUCAACAAUUUAUAUGGUUAUGCCAUGUCUCAAUACCUUCCCUAUAAAAACUUUGAAUGGGUUGAAAACUUUGAAAAUUUCAAUUUAAAUGAUGUAAAAUAUAAUUCUCCAAUUGGAUAUAUAUUGGAAGUAGACUUAGAGUAUCCAUCCACAUUACACGACAAUCACAACGACUUACCAUUUUGCGCUGAAAAUAAAAAAAAUGAGAACAUGAAACAAACUAAACUAAUUACAGAUUUGAAUGAUAAAACCAAAUAUUGUCCCCAUGCAUAG